UCCCCCUCUAUCCCCAAACCCUAGACGAAGCCACAUCCCUCUCUCUCUUUCUCUCUUUCUUCCCCUUUCCUCUGCGGCGCGAUCUAGGGUUUGGAUCGAGAACGGGGAGAGGAAGGGGGGUGGCGGGGCGCGGCAAUGGCGGAGCCGAAGAACCGGUGGACGUGGGAGGUGCCGGGAUUCGAGCCGAGGAGGUCGUACGAGCCGCAGGAAUCAUCGGUGGCGCACACGGUGGUGCGGCGCCUCUCCGUCUCGCCGUCGACGCUGCUCCCGCGCGCCGAGGCCCCGCCGCGGCCCUCCGUCGCGGCGAAGCUCCAGAGGUUGAAGGAGCAAGUGAAGCAUGCAAGGAAUGAUUACUUGGAGUUGAGGCAGGAAGCCACUGACCUUCGAGAGUAUUCUAGUGCAAAACUUGAUCGAGUUACUCGCUAUUUGGGUUUUCUUGCAGAUAGAGCACACAAACUAGACCAAGCUGCACUUGAAUCGGAGGCCAGAAUUACUCCAUUGAUCAAUGAGAAAAAAAGGCUCUUCAAUGAAUUAUUGACUUCGAAAGGCAAUGUAAAAGUAUAUUGUCGUACACGGCCGCUAUUUGAAGAAGAGGGCUCAUCCGUAGUAGAAUUUCCUGACGACUUUACUAUUCGUGUAAAUACUGGUGAUGACUCUUUGGCCAAUCCUAAGAAGGAUUACGAGUUUGAUAGGGUAUAUGGACCUCAUGUGGGGCAGGGGGAACUUUUUCGCGAUGUGCAACCAUUUAUACAGUCGGCCUUGGAUGGAUAUAACGUUUGUCUGUUUGCAUAUGGUCAAACCCAUUCUGGAAAGACACAUACAAUGGAAGGAUCUAUCCAUGAACGUGGCUUGUACCUGCGGAGCUUUGAGGAGCUCUUUGAUUUGUCCAAUUUAGAUACUACUUCGACAUCUCAGUAUAGUUUCUACGUUACUGCCUUUGAGCUAUACAAUGAUCAGGUUCAAGACUUGCUGUUAGAAUCUAGAAGUGCUAUGCCAAGAGUUCGUAUGGGUCCAGAAGAUUCCUUUGUGGAACUUGUGCAUGAAAGAGUUCAAAAUCCACUGGAUUUUUCUAAAGUAUUAAGCGCAGCACUUAAAAAACGAGGGACAGACUCUUCGAAGGCCAUUGUCUCUCACUUGAUUGUCACUAUCCAUAUACACUUUACCAACUGUAUCACCGGCGAUCGUAUAUACAGCAAACUCUCUCUUGUAGAUUUACCUGGAAGUGAGUGCCUGCUUGUAGAAGAUGCUAGCAGGGAUCAUGUAACAGACUUUCUGCAUGUGUCAAAAUCACUUUCGGCGUUGGGUGAUGUUCUGUCCUCUUUGACUUCCAAGAAAGAAAUUGUGCCAUACGAAAAUUCAAGAAUGACGCAAAUUCUCGCCGAUUCACUUGGCGGUGGCUCGAAGACAUUGUUGAUUGCUCAUUUAUGUCCAAAUGCUUUAAAUUUGCCGAGGACACUGUCCACCCUUAAUUUUUCUGCAAGGGCAAGAAAUACUGAACUAAGCCUUGGAAAUAGAGACACCAUUAAGAAAUGGAGAGAUGUAGCAAAUGAUUCACGAAAAGAACUGCAACAGAAGGAAAGGGAGGUUCAAGAUUUGAGGAAUGAAGUUUUACAGCUAAAGCUUGCUCUUGAUGGGGCCAAUGAUCAGUGUACUCUCUUGUUUAAUGAAGUUCAGAAGGCUUGGAAAGUUUCUUUCACACUUCAGGCAGAUCUGAAGUCGGAGAAUCUAAUGCUUGCAGAUAAACAAAAGGCCGAGAAGGAGCAGAAUAAUCAACUGAAAAAUCAAGUUGCUCAUCUUUUGCAACUUGAACAAGAGCAGAAAAUGCAGAUUCAUGAACGUGAUUUAACCAUUAAAUCACUGCAGGCUAAACUUAAGACCAUUGAAUCUCAGCUCAAUGAGGCCCUUAACUCUAGUGAUUCUAGAUCUACUCUUGGAUCCGAGUCUGGUUCUACUGGGGUUUUGUCAACUCCAAAGAUGGAGGCUAGUGUAGAUUCUUCAUCGGUAACCAAAAAGCUUGAGGAGGAACUCUCAAAGAGGGAUGCACUUAUUGAGAAAUUACAUGAAGAAAAUGAGAAGCUCUUUGACAGGCUUACAGAGAAGUCAGGAUUAGGAGGAUCGCCUCAGGUUUCAAGCCCUUCUACCAAAAGGACGGUCAACACUCAGAGUCGGGAUUUGAGCAGGAGCGACACAAGCAGAGGGCGGUCGCAAGAUGUCCUGCAAUUGCCGAGGACCCAGGAUAAAACUGUAACUACUGGAGCUCUUGUAAAAUCAAGCAAUGAGAUUGCAAAGACUACUCCUGCAGGAGAGUAUCUUACCACCGCACUGAUGGACUUUGAUCCGGAUCAAUUUGAAAGCUUUGCCGCAAUAGCUGAUGGUGCAAAUAAGCUUUUAAUGCUGGUUUUGGCUGCAGUUAUCAAAGCUGGUGCAGCACGAGAACAUGAAAUACUUGCCGAAAUCAGAGAUGCUGUUUUUGCCUUUAUUCGUAGGAUGGAACCAAGGAAGGUUAUGGAUACAAUGCUAGUUUCACGAGUCAGAAUUUUGUACAUAAGAUCUCUACUUGCUAGAUCGCCAGAGCUGCAAUCUAUUAAGGUUUCUCCAGUUGAACGCUUUCUAGAGAAAGCUAAUACUGGCCGUAGUAGAAGUUCCAGCAGAGGCAGCAGUCCUGGUCGAUCUCCUGUUUAUCAUGAUUCCAGUACAAGAAGUUCGUUGAUAGAUGAGCAUGUCCAUGGAUUUAAGGUCAAUAUUAAACAAGAAAAGAAAUCCAAGUUUUCUAAUAUUGUCUUGAAGCUUCGUGGGAUUGACCAGGAGACUUGGAGACAGCAUAUUACCGGCGGGAAGCUCAGGGAGAUAACAGAGGAAGCGAAAGCUUUUGCUAUUGGAAACAAGGCUCUUGCUGCUCUCUUUGUUCAUACACCAGCUGGUGAAUUGCAACGUCAAAUACGAUUGUGGCUUGCAGAAAAUUUUGAGUUCCUAUCUGUUACUGGUGGAGAUGCUCUAGGUGGAACUACUGGCCAACUUGAACUUCUGUCCACUGCAAUUAUGGAUGGAUGGAUGGCUGGUCUCGGUACUGCACAGCUUCCUUCAACUGAUGCUUUAGGGCAGCUUUUAUCAGAUUAUUCUAAGCGGGUGUACACGUCACAGUUGCAACACCUGAAGGAUAUAGCUGGUACAUUGGCAACUGAAGAGGCUGAUGACCUAGCUCAUGUUAAUAAGCUGCGCUCAGCCCUGGAGUCUGUUGACCACAAAAGGAGAAGGAUUCUGCAACAAAUGCGAAACGACACUGCCUUGUUAACAAAAGAAGAAGGUGGUUCACCAAUACAAAAUCCUUCUACAGCAGCUGAGGAUGCACGGCUAGCAUCUCUCAUAUCUUUAGAUGCCAUCUUAAAGCAAGUCAAGGAACUAAUGAGGCAAACCUCAGUGAGCUCUCUGACCAAAACCAAGAAGAAAGCGAUGCUGGCAUCACUGGAUGAACUUAUGGGACGAAUGCCUUCACUUCUGGACAUUGAUCAUCCAUGCGCUCAGAAAGAGAUUAUGGGAGCACGUAGAGCUGUAGAGUCUAUACCAGAAGUAGAAGGCCAAUUUGAUGAAGCACCUCGAGGUCUCAACUCUUAUUCAGAGUCAACAUCCACUGGGGAGAGCGAAGUUUCCCAGUGGAAUGUCCUCCAAUUCAACACAGGCUCCACAACCCCAUUCAUCAUAAAAUGUGGGGCGAACUCCAACUGCGAGCUGGUCAUCAAAGCCGAUGCGCGCGUCCAGGAGCCUAAAGGAGGCGAGAUUAUUAGGGUUUUGCCAAGACCUACGGUUCUCGCAGAUAUGGGCUUUGAGGAUAUCAAGCAAGCGUUCGAACAAUUGCCCGAGUCGGUUAGCUUGCUUGCUCUAGCACGGACGGCUGAUGGUACUAGAGCCAGGUAUUCUAGAUUGUAUAGGACUUUAGCUAGCAAAGUCCCAGCCCUAAAAGAUCUGGUAGCUGAGCUUGAGAAGGGUGGCAUGCUCAAAGAUGGGCGAUCAUAGAUCCUUGUGUUUUUGUACUAUGUAUUUAUAUCAUGUACAAUAUGUAUAUCAUUGCGUCCUGAAUUUACAGAAAAUUUCAGCGAAGACUCUUAGAGGGGUUCUUUUUGUUAA